GCCACACAGACACUGUGUGAAGAGGAUCUCUGACGGACUGGUUGUCUGCCCUCCGCUCCGCUCCAUACACACCACAGGCUGCCAUCGCAGAGAGGAAGUGAAGUGACAAGGCACCAUAAUCCUACUGGAGAACUGUUGUUUUUUUUAUUUUCACACUCCUUGCUGUUGACCAGUGCCACAUUUCUUUUCAGAUUCUUCGCUUAGUUUUUUGCUUUUAAAGAUUUUCUUUUUUUUUGGAAGUCUAUCAGUAAAAACAUCCAUAAAUGCUAUUAACAUGUUAUACAAAGAAUACAUUUUCUGCUUCCAUUUGAAGGAAUUGUUAUGCACAUGAAUCUUGUCUUGGAAUGAGAGUGAAUUGUGGAGCGUUUUCAGUUUUUUGUGCUGUCCUCAUAAACCAUUGACUCCUUUUGAGGCUGAAAAUACAGAUUCGGAAACGUGCAUUUCUGCCUGUUAUUUUUGCUGGGGCUGCCCACCGUGAGCUGCAGCAGGGCUGCACAUAAACAUCACACUCAGUCAGCAAGUCUUUACCCUGCUCUCUCUCUGCAUCUCUCUUGUUACAGUUCUGAGGCAUAUUGAGAUGAGCUUCUGGCAGAUGGAGCCCUUAAGUUGUCUUUUUACAUAAAUUCCAGGACUAUUGGGUUGUUGUUUAGAUAAGAGAGAGCGUUUCUGGCUGGGUGAAACCCGGAGCUUCCAGAGUCAGCCUGACACAUAUGUAUUGUUGUAGUGCGCAGGAAAGUAAAAUGGACUACAAGCGGCGCUUUUUGCUCGGCGGGUCCAAGCAGAAAGUGCAGCAGCACCAGCAGUACCAGAUGCCUGAGCUGAGCCGGACCCUCAGCGCCCCCUUGGGCUCCACCUGCUCCCCCAUGGGGGGCUCCACCGGGGUGGGCAUGGCCGGCAGCUGCCAACCACCUCCCUCCACCCCCAACACCACCACUGCGGUCGCCGACAUCCAGCAGGGCAUCUCCAAGUACUUGGAUGCGCUGAACGUGUUCUGCCGGGCCAGCGCCUUUCUCACGGACCUGUUCAGCAGCGUGUUCAGGAACUCCCACUACUCGAAAGCAGCUAUGCAACUGAAGGACGUGCAGGAACAUGUCAUGGAGGCGGCCAGCCGGCUGACUGCAGCAAUAAAGCCAGAGAUCGCCAAGAUGCUGAUGGAGCUGAGCGCUGGGGCCGCCAACUUCAAAGACCAGAAGGACUUCAGCCUGCAGGAUGUGGAGGUAAGGGGUUCCCGGGGUUACAGUUACCGACCUGGACACACUGAACACCUGUCAAAGUAAAGUUAUUACAUUAUACUGACAAUUAGGCCUACCUGUAAAAAAAAUUACAUGUUGAGUCUUUUCCGUUCCCCUCCCUUCCGUUUCUCUGUCAAUCAGUGGAGGCUGGUAGGAAGAGCUAUAGGAGGAAAGGUUCAUUGUAAUGGCUGGAAUUGGAAUAUAUGGAACGUCAAAUGUGGUUUCCAUAUGUUUGACGUUUGAUGCAGUUCCAUUUAUUCCAUUUCAGCCAUUACAAUGAACCUUUCCUCCUAUAGCUCCUCCCACCUGCUGUCAAUAGAGCAUGCUUUGCCAAAAGGGAACUUUUUUUUGCACUUUUGCUUUUGUUUCUUAUGUUCCAUUUUCUAGUGCAAGGCUGCUGCUAAGAUGCCUAGCUAAAGUCUCUCAGAAUGCAUGGCUCCUUGAUCCAGAAUUUAUUGGCUGAAAUGAGGCCCUGACGCCCAAUGUUAAGCGGGUGCUAGGAUCUGAGGGCGAGGUGCGAAAAGCACUGAGGAUGUGAGAAGAAGAGAGCCGGAACCAUCGUUUAUGCUGAGAGACAGACAGAUCACCCUGCAUUGCCAGCAAAGUUGCUUACGUCUCAAUUGUGAAAUGCUGCUCUGAAAGUAUUUUUUUGCAGUGAGUCUUUGUAUGGGAAAAUAGUAACUGAAAGUAGACCACUGGCAUCUGUGGAUGAGAAGCCUUAUGUACUGCUGCUGCCAUAGCUGUGCCUACUGCCUAGCCAGUCAGACAUGGAUAGAGGUUCCAGGGUAGUGCCACUCCUAAAUAAUACUCAAGAGGAAUGCCAAUCCAUUGCUCCCUGUGAUUAAGAGUCAACCGUUUUAUUUAUUUAUUUUUAAUACAUCUGUUUGGGCAGCAAGCAAAUUGCCUCUUGUGUAGUGAAUGUUUGUGCGAUGUCUAUGCUCUCAUCCUGGAGAUUAAACAGAUUUAAGGGGGCAAGGCCUCAGUGGCAGACCAUGAGUGAAUAAGAUGAAUGUUCAGGCCAGGGCUGUUUUAUGAGAGGGACUGCAGGGCCUCAGUGGAUGUGGUUGUGCUCAGAGCAGGAAAGACUUUCGCACCACAAUCUGUAAUUUGGACUCUGUGGUCUUGGAUAUGCACAGAUAAAUAUUAAGGGAGGGGAAGCCCAACUCAGUGAAAGUUCAGACUGCGGCAGGACUGUCUGGCAGCAACACUGACUCACUCUGGCUUCAGCUAGCGUCUGUGAAUAACAACAGUGCGUUUGUCAAAGAAAAGUGUGCUUUUUCUCUACCUCAGUCUUGCCAAUGUGCAUGAAUUGAGGAAUGAAUAAGAUAUUCAGACCUAGUUGAGUAGAAGGAAUCUAUCAUAAACCAACACUUUUCAGGAUGUUUACAGACAAAAGACAGACCUAAAUGGCCACGUGCAUCAUAUAGGCCUACUGUGUAUUUUGACUAGACCAGUGAGUUUCACUCUGUUUCACAGAUUACGGCUUUACUUUUUAUUCCACCUCCAUUUCCUCCAUGAGCAGCUGAAUAUUGUUUAUGUCAAAUUACUUUUCACAUAAGAACACAGUACACCUUUAGAUUUGGCCAUUUCCCUGCCCCCAGAGAGAUUUACUACAUUUGUGACGGAAAGGGCUUUUCCAUUUGUGCGUGUGUAUGAAUAUUUGUCUUGGCAGUUGUAUGUAAAAUAUAGAAUUGGGUCUGUAUGAAGAACAAAAAAAGCUCUUGAGUUUGGGGAAUUGUGGAAUGUUGAAGGAAGCAGGAUCAUUUUUUCCCCUCUUAUUCCCCAAAAUCCAGAAAGUCCAGUCAGUAUGGAAAACAAAACGUGUGUUUUUAUCGGCACUUGGCUACCCUGGCUGCUCAAAGUGUCUCAGCUGCCAAAUAUGCAUGAAAAUGUCACGGUUUAUUAGGGGGCAGUCUACUGAGUGUAUGAGUGAAACCACAGAGGGAGUGAAGGUCAGGCCAACCAGACAGGAGUCCUGGGGAAGAUCUCGAUUGCAUCCUCUCUCCUUCUCAAAGCCAUUGGAGGAGAAGGUCAGAGACGAGGAGAAGAUGUGAGGAGUAUGCAAUUUUAGAUUUCCCCCUGGUUCUGAACAGGAGGCCAUCACAGUGCAGCCAGGGCCAGAGCCAGGCAGACAACUGCACAAGCAGCACUCCCGAAACACCCCUGAAAAAACACAUCUGACCUAGUUCAGCGGACUUCAAAGAUUCUGUAUCAUUUUUCCCAAACAGUUGAUUUGUUACUUGAUAAGAUUCUUUCAUAUCAGGUGUCUACUACAUGGUCAGUCUAUUUUGUUCUUAGGUUACUACUCCUCCUCUACCUCUGAUUUUAUGGCCACGCUCACAGCAGCCAUUAUUAGAUUACAACCUCGAGGUUGUGUGUAACGAACGUCACCCGGUUUCUUUUAAUUGAGAGAGAAAUUAAAUCUGUAUCAAAACAAUGGAUGAGUAUCAUGUUGGAUUAUUAUGCGACACACUAGCACCAGCACUUCCUGUUUUGGUCUAAUAGACCCCUUUCUUUGUUUGCAAACAUUGAUGCACGAGGGCGAUCUGCGCACGUUGGUGGCAGAACAAGGGGGAGUCCUUAUAGAACGUCAGCAAAAAAAGACUAUUUACAUGUUGCUUAUUAGUGCAUUUUCUAACAACUUUUGGAUUAUAAUUGGAUUUUAAGGCUUGUAUGAAUGUCCUGCUUAAUAUAAUGUUGGCGUCAUCAUCGCAAAUCGACUGCAUUAUACUUGCACUUCAACUUCAACCAGUAAAAUGGCUCUUUGGCUAGCUUUUGCUACAGCCUAUAUCAAUGAGCGUUAGCAUUCUAGCGAACAACUGCUGCAUCCAAAAUUAGUUAUUUUGCAAAGAUCACAACCAAAUAUAAUCUUAGCGACUGUUCAAGCAAGAAUCAAAACGUCAUUGUAAGCAUAUGAGAACCCCAAAAAGUUAUUUUGUUUAGAAGUACCGGUAAUAAAAUUUUAAUCUAGGCUAUGUUGAAUGGGCGCAGAUGGCAAUGGUUUUCUUACUGCCGCCAAGAGUCGCACACGUCUGUAAGUGACGUCAGUGUGUCAUGUACUGGAAAAGGGUCUAUAGAUGUUACCUUUGGAAAUGGCCAUCCUACAGAAGACAGGCUGGAUGGUGAGGGCCACUCAGUAGCAGCACUAAAGAGGUAUUUUAGACAGGAAGAAAACAUGAAACACAAAGGCAUCUGGUUUUUAUUCUCACUCUCCUAGGAUAGAUUAUCAUUUCCACUUCAAGAAGACAAUAGAUGUGUCCUUAGUAAAUGGUGAAGAUCAGUGUUGUUCGAUUCAUCCUUCUCACUGUUUAAGCCUGCCUUUCAGCCCUGUAUGUGUCCAAAAGUUGGCUUGGCCCUGUUAGUUUUAUUCCUCAUAUUUUCCAUGAGCCGAUAAGAAAUGUCAUCUUAUCCCCAUGUGUGAUUAAUUAUUUUUUGUUGCAACUUUUUCAUUUAUCUUGCUAGAUUAUCAUGUCCUUUUAUAGUUUGUGAUUGUCUGUUCUGUCCUUUUAUAGUGUUCUGUACAUCUGGUCCAAAAAUAAUAGUAUUAAUGGUAUUAUAAGCAAUUUGACAUUACUUCUCAGAAUGCAGGGCUUGACAUUAACUUUUUUGCAACUUGUCCUUUGGACAAGUAGGACUGAUUUAUUAUUUUUUAUUACUUGGCCAAAAGCUCAAGUCACUUACAAUAAAUAAAUGGUCUUUAACAUCAUUUGUACAUCAUUCUAUGACUUUACAAAAUAAAAUGCAUUACCAUCUUUUUUACCAUAGAGAAUCAGACAAAAAUGUAGGCUACACUCUUUCUUUGCAUAUUCAAGCCUGUCUCAAAACACAACACAGCCCCUUUUAAGGCUCUCCUGGAGGAUGGUUGGCCACCUUUGGUAGCCUAUACAAUAUUGCAACAUUACAAUUACAACCAAAUACUUUUUAUUUCAUUAUAAAAUAAUUCCCUCCAGGGCUCGUAAGUAAGGGCACCUUUUUGUCUUCUGGGACGAUAAACUGGGACAGUUCUGGGAUGACAGAUCCAAAAUCCAUACAACCACUGCAAAAAAUAAAACAAUGAGGCUGAUGCAACAGAUCAGACCAUUUUAGCUUAAAAUGUUGAUAACGUUUUAUUUUUUCAUAUUAUAAGCUCAACAAUGCGCACAUGGCUGUUGGUUACGUGUGAAUGUUCCAAAAUGCAAUUAGUGGGAAAACACCGGGAAAACACUGUUCUCAAAAGCGCACUGCAUGCAUGAGCGGUUUCAUGUGACCGAGAUGAAAAUAUCUGUUAAACAAUUUGAAUGUUUUCUUAAUUUCUAACAACUAUCUGUAAUAAUAGGCCUUUUUGUUGCAUUCACUUAUAAAAUGGACUCCAAAUUUGACCGCUAAGAUAUUUUAUGUUAAACAAUUCCGCGACUCAAUUCCGUGACAGCCUACAAUUUGUUUGAUAGUCUGCAUUAGGAAAGUGAGGGGAGAGAGACAAUCUCAUAUCAUUAUUCAUUGAGCCAGUGUUCGGUAUGCAUUAGUCAUUUGAGAGAGAAGUGUUACCAGCGUUAAUACUGUGAUUAGCAGUGCAACGUAAGCAGCAGGCAUGUCACACACCCUCAUAACUCAUGGAUCAGAACCAAUACUGCAUGUUUGACCCAUUCCCUUAUGUUAUAACUGUUAUUUGGUCCUAUUUCCGAAUCAGAGCUGAAGAGGGCUCUAAAGGGUUUGGACCUUGCCUUGGAAAUGGUCAGUAAAUGUAUAGGCCUAGUCGGUGUUGGUGUCUGUGCCCCCAUGAUGUGGUGUUAAAGAAUGAGGACAGCCCAGCCUUGUUGUUCCUGUCUGCUUUUAAACAGGGUGGCAUAUUUCUGUCUUAACAACUCAGCCAAAAUAUAUUUUCAGCACGUACCUGAAAAAGAACCCUGUGACCACAGUGAGCCCGGCUGUGGUGUCCUGUUGCUCUUGUUUUUGCUAACUGGACAACCAACAUGUCUGACUCCUCCUAAACCUUGACAAUUCCUUCCUUCACUUAUGUAAAUGUGAAUAUUAUUGCUUAUAUGAAUCACCCAUUGCACAGGGUCUGGGACGCUGCCAUCCUGAGGUGGAAAAAUCUGCUCCACUAUUAAGUUGAAAGGAGAAUAGCCAACUUCGUAUCAAAUAAAACUUUGUCACAUGCGCCGAAUACAACAAUGUGUAGACCUUACAGUGAAAUGCUUACUUACAAGCCCUUAACCAACAAUGCAGUUCAAGAAAGAGUUAAGAGAAUAUUUUACCAAAUAAACUAAAGGAAAAAAUAAAAUAACAAUGAGGCUAUUUACAGGGGGACCGAGUCAAUGUGCGGGGUACAGGUUAGUCAAAGUAAUUUGUACAUAUGUAAGGGUAAAGUGACUAUGCAUAGAUAAUAGACAGUGGGUAGCAGCAGUGUAAAAACAAAUGGGGGGGUCAAUGUAAAUAGUCUGGGUGGCCAUUUGAUGAAUUGUUCAUCAGUCUUAUGGCUUGGGGGUAGUUUGUAGGCGUUGCUUGUUGUGCUUUACUACUACAGUACUAGGCCUCUCAGUAGAGUAGACUGUGAUUUAUAACACAGACUGUGCUUCCCAAUUAUGGUAGAAAGUGAUUUGCCCUUGUAGAUGCUGGGGGAACAUUGCACUGUAGACUGGGGUGGUUGUGUGGAAAAUGAGAGGACGUGUUAUCAAGCAGCACAGCAGAACAUGGCCUUGAUAUAGAGACAUUUUAAUUUCAUCCUGCCACAACUUGAGUUGUGGCUUUUUUUUUUUUUUUUACAAUGUUAGCCUGUCAAAUGUUUUCCUUUUUAAUGUUCUAGUGAUAUGAACCAGUUGAAAUUGAACUAUUACAUAGAUAGUUCUCUUCAGUGACUCACUGUAAUGCAGCCUUUAUCCAGCCUUGAACUGUUUUUGGGUUAUAGCCCCUCACAAAGUUGUUUUUGUGGGUAAUUUGGAUGUCACGUUCUCGAGCUGGGUUUUCCUCGGAAACAAGAGGAGCAUCUUUAAAGCAGUAAAUUGAUGCAAUGCAUGCGAUUCUAUUUAGAAGAUCUGAUUUAAGAUGACUGAGGGUUAUCAAAGUUGUACUUUUUUUCCCAGUAAAAUUUAAACAACCAAGUUACUGAAGCCAACGUCACUCUGGAUAAGAGCGUCUGCUAAAUAAAAAAUAAAAAAAAAGUAAGUGUCUGAGUAUGAUCAAGGCUCCCACUAAUGUAAUCGUGUGAUAUUUUUUUUUCCUGACGUUAUAGGGAAUUCCUGCUUUUCUGCCUUGUCUCUAUUUAUUAAUCAUUGACCUUGACCAAUCCCCCAAACCAAUAGACUAGUGUUCCUGAUGUUCUAUGUUGUCCUGAUCACAACCUUGAAUCUUGUGUUAUGUUGUGUUCUCUCCAGGUGCUGGGUCGGUGCUUCCUGACGGUGAUGCAGGUGCACUUCCAGUUCCUAUCCCAGGCCCUGCAGAAGGUGCAGCCUGUGGCCCAGUCGUGCCUGGCGGAGGCCCUCGCCCAGGCCCAGGAGCGACGUAGCAAUGUCCGCUCCCAGAGCUCCUGCCCUGGGCCCCUCACGGAGCUGGAGGAGGCCUCACGAUCAUGGAAGGGUGCAGCCGAGGUAUUUGGACAUGGAGGCCAGGAUGCCCCUAGGACUCUCCGAGGAGCUUCCUGGUCUGACUAGCUGGUGGAAAUAGGCUGUGUUCAAAAUGUGACAAGCUGACUGUUAUAGAUUCCUGUGAAAUGAAAUGCAGUCAGCUACCAUUCCAGCCACAAUUUCCUCCUAUUUCCUGUUGAGAAGUUUGUAUGUACAGUAUAUGAGCCUGUAUUGCUAGUUUUCCCUCCUCCACUUUAAGCUAGGCCUACACAUCCCCAAACAAACCCUAGCUAACUGAAAUGGAGGCCAUUUUGUGAGAGGAGCUAGCUGGCUAAUCCCGUAGCUAUUCACAGUCCCUCCGGCACAUUCUGAGCUUUGUUCUGUACAGUGGAGCCAGAAUGGAGAAUAGUGAGUGGCCUGAUUGAUCUGUUAAGCCCUGGCAUGUGGGGUGUUAGCCCUGGAGGGAACAGGGCUGGAUAUCCUGCUGGAAUGUGCUGCUGCGAUAUGGCCGGGCUGGGCCAGGCCGGGCCUCACUGCACUGUUGGGCAGUUUUCAUAGAGGGAGGCGGUCGGUCUCCCCCUUAUAGAAGCAGUUAUUCACAAAUCUAGGCCCAACACGGUUCUGAAAUGUACAAUCUACCAGAUGUGUGACCAAAUCACUCACUAUUAUUUGAGUCACAAGCAAGUCUAAAGUCAAGGUCCGAGUCUCAAGUAGAGUCACAAGUAGAACGGGUCUACUAUACAUCUAUACAUGCAAUGACUUGUUCAACUACAAAUAUGGCUGUUUGAGGCUGUUUGAGGAACCAGACAGCCCUUUUCAUUAUUUUGUCUACAACACACUUUGAUUAUGUAAUAAUUAAUUGUAACAACAAAUCCCAAAUGCAAGCUUCAUAAAUAAAUAAUACAUUUCAAGCAAUUUUGACAUACCAAAAGACCAGUUGGCCUAUGCUAGUAAUUAAUGCUUGCAAAGUAAACAGUUCAUAUUCUUGAUCACCAAACAAUUUUUGCCGCUGGAUAUUUGGCAAUCCGCUCUCCCUACAGUUUGACAUUUGCACUGCACCCAAUCCUAUAGCUCUAUAGCAAAUCGUUAAUCUGUUCGCUAGCUCAUUGGUUCUCAAACGUUUUGACCCGCAACCCCCAAAAAGCAGUGCUUCAAAGCUCAUGACCCCACAUGCAUACACAAUUGCUGCGCCAAUGUAGCCUGUCAUUACAGCCAUAAAUGGUGAUGCAUUUUCAAAACGCAAGAUACAGAAAUAAACUGUGUUUUACACAUUUGCAUUUGUAGCUGAAGGUCAUUAAUGUUAGCAGCCAAUCUCUGGAGUCCAGAACAAGCAGAAUCAUACUGCCUACCUGUAUGCAGCGGAGGUUGCAGGAUCUGUCUGCACCGCAUGCUGUCACUUUGGAGGGCCGCCUGCCCCCAGAAUGCUCGUUGCCAACUGGCUAGCCCUUUUCUUCCUCACAAAUACCGUAAUUAAUUUGCCAGAAUAUGUUACAUCUUCAUCCCAUAAUAUUGAAGGCAGUGCGACGUUACAGCUAUCUUUAGACAUAUAGCCAGUAGCCACCCAAACUAGGCCUAUCUGAAAUAUGAAAAUGAUCAAUGAAAAUCUCCAGGUAGCCUGUUAUUGUUCUGGCAAAGAUGCCUCCGUAGUAGAUUUCUAAACUGUAUUUUAUAUGGAUAAUACAAACAUAGUCCUACUAUGGUAGACUAUAUGUAUUUUUCCACAUUUAGUUUCACACUCGCGACCUGUCUUGACCAGUUUUCUGGUCCAAUCAGAGCAGAGGGCUGAGUGGGCGUUUCACUAGUCAAUAUGUUGCAUGUUCUUUUUGCAAGUCGGUGCUGAGGCUACUGUCUCUGGCUGCAUGGAGAGUAAUCCAUAUAGACUCUGUACCACAAAAUGAGUGACAAUUUUACAAAACCUGGCCAGAUAAUUUCAAGUCAUCAGUCCCGAGUCUUGAGGCUCCAAGUCAAGUCUCAAGUCAUCAAAUUUGUGACUUGAGUCAGACUCGAGGCCAAGCCAUGUGACUCGAGUCCACACCUCUGCAAUUUACUAUAUACUUUUUACUUGGUGGUUAGUUACUCCUUUACAUUGAAGUUGAAAAUGUUAGCUAGCCAACACUGACAGAUUUUCUCAUGCAUAUUGUGCACCUUGCUGUAAUGCAGAUUAGCUGUACAGAGAAGAUGCAGGGUGUGUAAGGGUUGUACUAGGGUAUGUGAUGCUGUGUUUAAACUGCUAUGUGACCUGAGACUGUGCUGUGCUCCAGGCCACAGGACGUCUGAGGGAGAGGGGACGUGACGGCUGCCUGGCAGGCAUCCAGGUCCAGCAGCUCUUCUGCUCCAACAACCCCAACAUCCCUGAUCACCAUCUGAAGGAGCUCAACAUGAAGAUCGACAAUGCCUUACAGGUAGAUGGGGCUCCCCGCAGGACCACCACAGCCUUGGUCUAUGUCUGAAAUGUCACCCUAUUCCCUAAUAUAGGCUUGUGCACUGCUUUUGACCAGAGCCUUAUUCCUGGUCAUUUUCCCUGUAAAGUGCAAUACUUUUAAUCAGGGCUCCAUAGGGCUCUGGUCAAAAGGAUUGCACUUUAUAUGGAAUAGGUUGCCAUUUCAGAUGCAGCCUUGGACUUACUGGGUCAAUAGUGCCCUACAGAACAAGGGCUGCUUCAAAUCAAUGUGUUGAUGGCUUGGAUAUGAAAGGACUGGAUGAAGCAAUAGCUAGCCUGACCUACUUACAUGUUGAGUUUAUACAAAUUAUUUUCUCUUUUCUUUUUUCUUCCCCCGUCUCGCCAGGCUUAUAAAGCAGCACUAGAAAGUAUGGGCCACAGUGAAUAUGCACUGAAGGCUGGCUUUCACCUCAAUCCCAAAUCUGUGGAGGCAGCUUUACAGGUAUGUUUACUCUAAGCACAGGCCGUAUUACAGCUCAUUAGGAACGGUAAAGCCUUGGAUUAUAGUGGCCGUGAUAAGGGCAUACCCUGUCUCUAACCUAUUUGUACAUCCUGUGUCUGCGCCUGUGUCUCUGUCUCUCUGUGUGUGUGUCUCUGUCUCUCUGUGUCUACUAUGUAGGGUUGCUGCAGUGAGGCAGAGGCCCAGCAGGCUGGCAGGAUGCAGACCAUCUCCCAGCCCAUUCAGUGUGAGCUGCCCACCAUCCCUGUGCAGAUUGGCUCCCACUUCCUCAAAGGAGUGUCCUUCAACGAGUCAGCGGCUGACAACCUCAAACUGAAAACGGUAUGCCCUGGAGUCUGUUGAGGAGGACUUGACGUUACAGAAUGUUCAGCGAUUGCGUAGAACAUAUAUGAUUGUCUGUUAUGUUAAAUCGGGAGUCCUAUCAGCUUGGGAGUCGUAUUCAGCUCUAUUCAGUACAUUUCUAUCUGCAUCAUUGUGGCUCGCUGUCAUGCUGGUGCGCUGUCAUCCUGGCGCUAGGCUACUGUGAUGGGUGGUUUCCUACGUCUUUCAUAUUCUGACCUGGCUGACCAGAAUGGGCCUCUGCUCUCUCUAGGAAAUGAGAGCUGCUUAGAAGUUCAUAUCGUCCACUGAUGAGUUAUGUGUGCUGUGAGUCAUGUAUUUGGCAAGGCUUUAAUGUUUUGACGUGGAUGUCUUAACACUUAUUCCAUGAUACAUCUGAUGCCUUGGGUCUGGUUAGGAUCAGCAUCUGCUUUGUUAGUUUACAGUGGGAUUCUCCCUUAGUCUGUGGGACAAAAACUGACUUGUAUGAUAAUUGCACUCACACUAUCUGUCAGUUGUCUGACUCACCAUUUACCAGAUUCAGAAAUAAACAGCACGUUCAUCAGGACCCUUUAAACUAGAGAGCCUAGACACUUUAACAGGAGGAGACUUAGUCCCUGGACUUUUUAGUUGCUACUGUUUCCUGUUCUGGUGUACGUUAGUGUUUAGAAGAGAUGAAUUGGACCCACACCCUCACUAUUGCUCCACCAUACAUUUAUUUGGCAAAAGCAUCAACAAAGUUUCAAUCCAAAGUGGAUCUUUGUCAGGUCCACAUUAGUACCUUGCAUCAGCAGCAGAGGUGUUGUGUUUUCACACUGGCCACCCUGUUUUGUAUCCACAGCACACCAUGUUGCAGCUCAUUAAAGAGGCAGUAGGACAGAACGGAGUGACCCCCCGGGACGACUCCCCCGUCACUGAGGUCCUCAACCAGGUCUGCCCUUCCAGCUGGAGAAUGGCCUGCAAGACCGCCGUCCAGUUACUGUUCGCUCAGGCAGGACUGGUGAGUACAAAGCACUUAAGAUGUCAACAAGGGCAGCAAACUCACCCAGCUUAAAAUACCUUUGUCUCAUUAGAUAACAUAAACAGUUGUCUGGACUUAAAUUAGCUGAUGGAUUGUUUUGCUUUAGCAGUAGGGCCAUGUGGUUCAACCAACCUCACUUAUUUUAUGAAAAGGUAAAGGCAUUUUUAAUUUGAUCGAGGUCCCAGAUUCACUGUUACUCCACAGCCUCUGCUUAGUGAAGACUCUACAACUUGCAGUCUGGCCCAGAGCUAUAAAGGAGUCUGUAUUGUAACCUAGAGCCCAUUGUUUGGGAGGUGUGUAAUCGAGAUGAUGGGAAUGUAUGUUGGGUUCCUUUGAAUAGCCAAGAGGUGUAAACAAACUCAUUGUAGACACACAGUGAAGCCAACAUUCCUGCAGCAUCUGGGUAAAGGAUGGGGUCAUCUGGGUGGAUCUGCAAACAGAUCUCAGGCUGUUCACGUUGAAACGAGUCUGCCCAGCCAACAGUGAGAGAAAGCAGCAGUCCUCCACUACUCUACUUGAUUUAUUUUCUCAGUGUGUUCUGUAAUAUUUAGUGCGUCAGGCCUGGGGAGUGUUCCUAUACACCCAACAGCAGCGCUGAGUAUAAAACAAACCCUGGUUGUGGAUGGGAGCUUUACAUGAACUCCUUAUCUAAGCUGUGAGCUCCGAAGAACAGACAGAGUGGGAGUCUCCAUAGCGGCCUAAGAGAAGACCACCUCCUCUUAACAUUACUUAUAGAGCACCUCUGCCAGACAGUGAAAAUGGCUUUGUUCUUUCUGGGCCAUUCAUUUUAGAGUGCUCAACAACUGAAUUGGCCUCUUCUCCUCCUUUUUUUUUUUUUGGGGGGGGGGGGGGGGGGUCUAUGAUGCUGUAUCUCUCUCUCACUCUCAUUUUCUCUCUCUCUCUCUCUGCCUGUGACCUUGUUGUGAGUCAGGGACGGGGUGGGUGUGGCUGUAUGUUUCUCUCACAGGAUUGGACUCAGCCCUCUGACAGCCCGGGGGUCCUGAGGAUACACCUGCUCUAUAAAUAACAAUAGGCUGACUUCCUGUGAGACAGGAAGGGUCCUCCCUCCCCAUGACCCAGUUGCAUUUGUCUAGAAAGUAGAGCCUCUUUCAAAGAACUACUGGAAAAUAUUGGGCUGGCUAGCUGGAAGCGUGGAUAUUUGGUGCUGCCGUUGACAUUUAUUUUCAACUUUUUAAUGAGUUUGAAUCACCCAAAGUAGCUUACAUUGUCUUUGCCCAAAUACUCAGACUUAUGGGCAGAGGUAGUGGCAUAUCUUAUUUAAUUAUAUCCAUUUUGUAUUUUAGAUGGAGGAGGAGACGGAUGUGUUAUUGUGGAAAGAAAUUGGUACUCUAUCUGCAUUGCUUACAGUCAGUCAGGAUAAAAAGGGGCAAUAUAAUCCCUUAGAGUUGCUUUGCUCAAGCAUAACUGGCAGUGAGGAAAUACAUUCUAUUAGAAGCUGUGCUGAUGCAGCUCUCUGAAUGACUGUGUGCAUGUGUGGACAGGUGGUUGUUGACACUGCUCAGAUCGAGAACAAGGAAGCCUAUGCUCCACAGAUUGCUCUGGAGGGCUCCAGAGUUGUGGUACAAGUCCCCUCCACAUGGUGAGUAGGAUUAUUCAUAAUUGUCUCUUCUGCCCUCUGGAAAAACAAAAUCUGCUUGCUUUACUGGUCAAAAAAAGAAUUGGGCAAAUCAAUAAAUGUAAUUGCUUUACAGUUCUGUUUUAUCUUAGCAAGGGAAUUCCAAGUAUUCAGAACCCUUAGACAUACAAUUGGCUAAAUAAGCAAACUACAUACUUUUUAUCCACAUAAGCCAACACUGGACUCAAUCAACUAUCACAUUUGGACAGUAAAGUGAAGCAUUAACAGACCUUCUAUAAAUGUAUUUUUAUUAUGUUGGACAUGCCAGUCAUGCUGUGUCCUGACUGUCCUGUGUGUAGGUGCCUGAAAGAGGACCCAGCCACCAUGUCUCUGUUGCAGCGGAGUCUGGACCCAGAGAAGACCCUAGGCCUGGUGGACGUGCUAUAUACUGCCGUCUUUGACAUCAAUAGGUGGAAGGAGUGCAAGUGGGUGGAUGUGUAUUACCUAAGGCAUUUUCACGUUUGCCUUUUUAAUUCCUAGAAAGAAUCAACAUGCUGUGUGUUCACAUUGGUUGACAGAGGUAGCCCUCAUUCUCAAGCUUAAGUUUACGUUUGCCCUGAAAGAAAAUCUUAAAAGCUAGCUAGCUAUUGGAAUUUUCCAUGCCAUUGAAUGCUUGUAUAUCUUCUCCCUCCACAGAGAACAGGCCUUGCCCACCAUUCAGAUGCAGUUACAGCGGGAGAGCCCUGACUACGGGAUGCAGGCAGACCUGCCUCCUGGAAAUGGCUCCAAAGCCUCCAGUGGCCUGCCCAAAACUAUCUCCAAGCUAACUUCCAAGUUCACCAAGAAGGCCUCUUCCAGCUCUGUGUCCAGUGGUGGUGGGGGCAGCUACUCCAUCCCCAGCACCCCGUCCCAUAGCAUGCUCUCCUCUAGCAGCAGCUCUGAAGACAAGCAGUUUAAGAGCCUGGGCCACGCAGUAGACGGGAGACUGCAGAGUAUCUUACAGCUGGGCAACUUGUCCAGCAACCCCGACCCCACUCAGCCCCAGAACGGUUCUGUGUGUGACGACCAGGGCAUGAACCUCCCCACGGACCAGGAGAUGCAGGACGUCAUUGACUUUCUCUCAGGUUUCAACAUGGGCAAGUCCCAGCAAGCCUCCCCACUGGUCAAAAGGAGGAACUCCGUGGCAUCUGCCAACACUGCCGAGCUGAAGCCCCCGAGCGGAGCCGCUGACCGAACCCCGACCUCCCAGGCUGUCUCCCACAGUUCACUGCAGCCCCCUACACAGAGCAUACCCCAGCAUCAGCAGCCAGUGCAGAAGCAACCGCAGCAACAACAACAACAACAACAACAACAGCAACAACAACAACAGCAGCAACAACAACAGCAGCAGCAGCAGCAACAACAACACAGCAACAGCCACCACCACCACAGCAGCCCUCCCAGCAGGCACUGCAGUACUACCAACACCUCCUCCAGCCUAUUGGUCAGCAGCAUGCUCCACCUCAGCUGCCCUCCCAACAGCCUCCACCCCAGGCUCUUCUCCAGCAGAGAGUGCCAAGCAAGUGGCUGAGUGGUUCCAGCCAGCAGCAGCCUCCUCCCCAGGGCCCCCCUCCCCCAGCAGGGCUCUCCCCCCUGGGGCCCAUUGGCCAGUGGGGCUCACCUGGCCUCCCGGACCUGAGCUCGGAUCUGUACAGCCUGGGGCUGGUCAGCACCUACAUGGACAGUGUCAUGUCUGAGAUGCUGGGGCAGAAGCCACAAGGUCCCCGCAACAACACCUGGCCCAACAGGGACCAGAACGAGGGGGUGUUUGGGGUGCUGGGAGACACCUUGCCCUUUGACCCCGCAGGUGAGUCAUUUUUCUCCCUUACAUCCACAAACCCAGAUAACACUCUGGGUUCCUCUGACUAAUGUGGGUGUUCAGUAGGGAGUGAACAUUUAGGAACAGAGUGAAACGGGGAGGUACUAUGGUGUGCCUCACUGAACAUAACCUAGGUGGUUGAUAAUAACACUUUAGAGCAGUGUGUGACUUGCAUAUUGUCAUGUUGAAGGAUGCAGUCGACUAGAAAGGCUCCAUAUAAUAGCAAUGAAGGCUGGCUCCUUCCUGCACAUAGUUGGUCAAAGUGUAGCCAGGUUGAGAUCCAGUGUCUUGACCUCCGAUAAAGAAAAGAGGCCUCCUUUGGGACGGUGUGUUAUUCCCCCUCCCUGCCCGUUAUCAGUAGGGUGUCUGGGUUGUGGUGGUGUGAGAGAGGCAGGCAGCUCACAGCCUCCAGGGAUUCCAUGGUAGGAGAGAACUGUGUCAGCAGUGGGGCCUGGAGCUGUGUUGACUGGGCUGUUUCAUUACAAAGACUGAGAAGGAAAAAGGAGACACUCCUGUUUCCUGUUUAGCACUGCAGUCAUUAGUCAGGUAUUCAUUAUGCCUGGAAAGGACAGGUUGCUUUUGAUUUUUCACAGGGUGUUGUGGUUUGGAGAUGUGCUGCCAUAAACACUUACGUAAUCUCAUUGUAACCAUUAAAGCCAUUUUGGGUGGUGAUAUUUAGCUGACAUAAAAAGAGCUUGUCAGUGCAGUAAUUUAUGAUGUAGUUUGUCUGUGAUUUCCAUAUGAUUUCCUGAAUGAAUAGCGGUCAUUAUCCAAUGCAACCUGAGGAGGAAGUGAAAAAGCUUCAUAGCCAGCUCUUCCAUUCAGAUACAUUUUCAAAAACUCUGAACUACAGGACCUUACUAGCAUCUCUCCAAAUGCACUGUAAAUGUAGGUUGUUGUGUCUGACCGUGAGCAGCCCCCCCCCCCAGCGGUUCUGAUUUGUAAUUUGACAUUUAAUGCUGAAUUUACAAUGUCAGUCGCUGUUUUUACAGUGCAGCAGAGCGGAGGCCAUUGUGUUCAGCUGACUUACAGCUAUUGUGCUUUUUCUGCUAUGGUAGACAGUCUAGCUGAAUGGAUUGAGCUGUGGGGUGCAAACACACAGAGAGAAAAGCUGAGGAUGUCAGAAACUGAACUGUGUUUUCUCCCUUUCAUAUGCAGUUGGCUCUGACCCUGAGUUUGCGCGUUACGUUGCCGGAGUCAGCCAGGCCAUGCAGCAGAAACGGCAGGUGCAGCACAUCCGUCGCCCCAGCAACACCCGCAGCAACUGGCCCGUCCCUGAUGAGCAGCACAGGACCUGGUCCCACCCAGAGUACUACAGCGAGGGGUACAUUCACCAAUCACAAUCAACACCUAACAUCUCAUUGAUACACACACCUCUGUAUAUGGCACAGGGCUCUAUAUAGUCCGCACAGAGUACUACAGGGUACAAUCAUUCAAGGCUCUAUACACCACUCUAUCUCACAUGACACAUGCCUACUAGUACAAUUUAUUCACACAUCUCUUUGUAUAUGACAUCUCUCUAUAUAAUUAUGCCAAUCAAUCUUACAUGCCUCUUAGUGAUGUUCGAGUUGUGGAAUGGUAAGAACAAGAUGUUCAUAGUGUUUCAAGUAGUUCUAACUGAGAAUGCCACUAUCACUUUAACUCUACCCACAUGUACAUAUUACUUCAACUACCUCAACUAGCCGGUGCCCCCGCACAUUGACUCUGCACCGGUACCCCCCUGUAUAUAUAGCCUCCCUACUGUUAUUUUAUUUUACUUCUGCUCUUUUUUUUCUCAACACUUUUUUUGUUGUUGUUUUAUUUUUACUUUUUUUGUUAAAAAUAAAUGCACUGUUGGUUAAGGGCUGUAAGUAAGCAUUUCACUGUAAUGUCUGCACCUGUUCUAUUCGGCGCAUGUGACCAAUAAAAUUUGAUUUGAUUUGAUGUGAAACAGGGAGGCGGUCAACAGCAGCUGGUCAGCCAAUCAGGGAGACUCUGCCAGCUCCAGUGAUGAGACGUCCUCAGCCAAUGGUGACAGCUUGUUCUCCAUGUUCUCUGGGCCUGACCUUGUUGCAGCUGUCAAACAAAAGGUACAACUGAGUCACCAUGUAGUAAAUGUACACCAUAGUGUAUUACUGUUCUUUUGUUUUCCUUCCAACCUGUUUUGUUAUUCGUGAUGUGAACUAUUGACAGUGUGCUGUAGAGCUUCAUGUCUCCUCUUCUGCCUGUAGAAAACACAGCUGUGGCGAGCAGGAGGUGUGUACCUUGCCCUCUCCUCCCCUCCAUCACAUGGGAGAUGAUAAUAACCAGGUAAGGAAAGUGUGUGUACUUAGGAGUCUGUGUGCAGUACAUGAAUUGGGUCAGAGAAUUGAAGCCUCUAUCAUUCACUGUAUCUAUAUAUAUGAUUAUCUUUUAUAUUGUAUCCCUUUAAAUGUUAACAUUUACCCCCUUUUAGUUUGGGGGUUUUUGCAAAAGAUCUUGUAUUGAUCAACUCCCAUUUCCAUCCAUUCUACUCCACAGGACAGCAAAACUAAAACUUGGCCGCCGAAGGCCCCAUGGCAGCACUCCGCUCACACUCAACACAACACCAUGCCCAAUCCAAGCUCUUCCUUGUACCAGAUGAACAUCCCUUCCAGCCAAUGGAGUGAUUCGAUGCAGAUGUUGCAGUCUCCGGUGUGGUCCACUGCCAGUGACUGCCCUCCCUCCACCGGGAUCUCCUCUGGCUUCUCUCCCUACACCCAGCAGCAACAGCAGCAGCAG